GAUUUUCCCAAUUUUUCUUGGAUCUGAUGUAAAAGUUUCGGAAUUUCCUUCUCUGCGUUUUCUUCGGCGUGAUUUUCUGUCCCCUUUUUCGCCUUCUCUGUGAGAGCGAAGCUAGAAUUGCAAUUGUAGCUUUCGUCGAACUGGGGUUUUUGCUUUAGGAAUUAGCAUAGUCUGGAGCACUUCAAUGGCAGAGAAAGCUUGUAUUAAGCGCCUUCAAAAGGAAUAUAGAGCACUUUGCAAGGAACCAGUGUCCCAUGUUGUUGCUCGUCCUUCCCCAAGUGACAUUCUUGAGUGGCAUUAUGUGUUGGAAGGCAGUGAAGGAACACCCUUUGCUGGUGGAUUUUACUAUGGAAAGAUCAAAUUCCCUCCAGAAUAUCCGUACAAGCCACCUGGAAUUACAAUGAUCACACCAAACGGUAGAUUCAUGACACAAAAGAAAAUCUGCUUGUCGAUGAGUGAUUUUCAUCCAGAAAGCUGGAACCCAAUGUGGUCUGUGUCAAGUAUUCUUACAGGACUUCUCUCAUUCAUGAUGGAUAACAGCCCUACAACCGGAAGUGUGAACACAACUGCAACCGAGAAGCAACGCUUGGCUAAAUCGUCUCUUGCUUUUAACUGUAAGAACCCGACAUUCCGGAAACUAUUCCCCGAGUACAUAGAGAAGUACAACCAGCAGAAACUACCCGAGCCACUGGAAUCUCCUCGAAAACCAGAGUCGGAGAAACUCAUCGACCAAACGAAGGAAGGGCUGGGCGGCUUGAACAAGAGAAGGAUGGAAAAGAGACAGUCCUUGCCCACUUGGAUAAUACUCUUGCUACUGUCUGUUUUCGGGGUUGUAAUGGCUUUGCCUUUGCUUCAACUCUGAGCAUCUGCAAACAGAACUCGUUGGUAAUCUUCCACUCUCUCUCGGCUUGAUUUUGCAUCGACUCCAAAUCUUCUAUAUAUAUGGUAGGAAACAUUUGUAUAGGCAUGCGACUAGUGAUUGCUGUUGGAAAAUUUACAUGUUUCUGCCAUGUUUCUCAUGUUGUUCUUGAAGCUCUCAACAAUGAUAAAACAAUGUUUGGUUAGUGAAAAUAUGAAAAUUUUAUUUACUCCUAUGGA